ACCUUGGCUCUUAUCAAACCAGAUGCAAUGCAAGCUAAUAAUAAAGAAGCUAUUAUCCAUAAAAUUAAAGAAAAUGGAUUUAAAAUUAUUCAGGAACGUCAGUUACAGUUUUCAAAGGAGUUGGCCUGUUUGUUUUAUAAAGAACAUAAAGGAAAGCCCUUUUUUGAAGACCUUAUAGAUUGGAUAAGUAGUGCACCUAUUUAUGCUAUGAUUUUGGAAAAGGAGGAUGCUGUUCAAUCUUGGAGAAUGCUUAUGGGACCUACAGAUUCGAAUAAAGCAAGAGAAAUAGAUCCCAACAGUAUUCGAGCAAUUUAUGGUAAAGAUGGGUCUCAUAAUGCUGCACAUGGUAGCGAUAGUUUAACAAGUGCAGAACGUGAAAUUGAUCUUGUAUUU